AUGAGUUAUUCAAGAAAUGGAGUUAACCAAACUAAAAACAAAGAUAAUUCUUAACAUAUCACUAAAAGGGAUAAAAAAGAAGCAAAAGUAAAGGGCAAUGUGUAAUAGUUGGUUUAAAAAAGUAUGACCAAAAAUAAGAGUACAUUUUUAUAUAAUUAAUAAUUAAAGGUUUAUAUGAAGACUCAUUAACGAUAAAUAGCAUAGAAUAAUUUGAAAAUUAUAAAAAGAUGGUAAAGUUAGAAUAGAAGAGAGAAUCAACAAUAGAUAUAUCAAUAAUCUUAUUUAAAGAACCUUUAAGACAAAGAUUUGAGAGAAUUUAAAGUAUUAAAACUAUUUAGUAAUUGUUGGCCAUACCCUAUUACUAAUUAUUUUGUAAGAUGUUCUUAAAUUUAAAUAAAAUAUUAAUCAAUUAAACUUUAGCAUUUUAAGAAAUAGUUAUUUAAUUUAAAUAGGAUUAUUAAAUAGAAUUUAAAGUUCAAUAUUUAUAGCAAUUCCUAUCUAUUUGGAAUGAUUCUUUUUCUUUGUCUUGGAAACAUCAUAAGAAUAAUAAACUUAGUUUAGAAGUAAGAAUUAAUAAUUAGCAAUUUCUUCAAAAUAAUAAUAAGAAUAUUAUAUUUUAAUAGAAAUUGCUUAAUUAUAUAUAAACAUAAGGAGAAUGUAUAGAUUUAUUUCCUUUGCCAAAUAUUGAAAAUACUUAGUAGUAAGAUAUAAAACUUUAAGAAUAAGAGUCAUAAAUGACUUAAAUUAUAUUUAGAGAUUAAUAAGAUUACUAAAAAAAUAAUCAAUUAAGAUCUAUUGCUAUUCAAUUAUAGCACUAUUUUCAUAUUAGAGAUGUAUCUAAUAUGUAUUUGAUCAAUGUAGAAAAGUACUUGAUCAAAUAAAAAUUUGAUUUUAAUUUCAAUAAUGGACUAUAGACAAUCAUAAAUGAAUUAAUUUUGAAGUAUCCAGAAUGGAUAAAUAUGAUUCAAGGAGAAAAAGAAUAAAUUAUAAGAAUUAAUCGAUCCAUUAAUAUUAAAUAAUUAAUGUUGGAAUAAGAAUGUUUAGAUUGCAAUUGA